AUGUCACAGAGCACAAAGCUUAAUAUCUCCUUCAUACUGAAUGCAUACAAUAGAGUACAUGAACUGAAAUAUGUUUUUAUUGUCAUGCUAUUUUUACUGUACACAAUCAUUAUCACUGCUAAUGUACUGAUCAUCUAUGUCACUUACAUUGAAAGAAAACUACAUAAGCCAAUGUAUUUCUUCAUAUGUAAUAUGGCAUGUAUAAAUUUAUAUGGUGGUGUUGCAUUCACUUGGAUUUUCCCCUUUUUCCGAUUUAGCAUCAUUUUCUCACUAACAGCAAACAUUGACAUCUGUGGUAUCAUCAUUGAAAAGGUCUACUGUGAUAAUUAUUCAGUAGUGAAGCUGUCAUGCUCUGAUAUUACAUAUAUUAACAUAAUUGGCACAACAAUGAUAUUUUUUUCAAUUGUACUCCCAUUUUUUAUAAUUUUCUACUCAUAUUUAAGGAUCAUCUUCAUCUGUUUAAAACUGUCAAAGAAAGGACGAGACAAACUCUUUAGCACUUGUGUCCCACAUCUAAUGGCAUUAUUAAACUUCAUAAUUGGGAGUUCCUUUGAACUUCUCCAAAGCCGAUUUGAUAUGAGACAUUAUGAGAAACACAUUGCCUCUGACAUCUGA